GCUGUACACUGCACACGGCGUUGGUUGAGGUAAAUGUGAAUCACCUUCUAGGAACAUCAUAUAAAGGUAAACACGAAGUGGUCGUUUGACAUUAGACCUAUUACAGUCGUGCUGUUUGCGACACAGACCACCAAAAUGAACAUCUUUCUGGCGUGUAUAGUUGUUUCUAUUUUCAGUGGUAUAAGGUCGGAUGAAGUCGGCCAUAGUCAUUCACGGGUAGAUCCGUUUGAACAAGUUUUGGGGAUUUUACGUGUACAAAACGCGAGCUCAAUUUCACUGACCACCCUUGACGAUUUGAUGAUACAAUUGUUCGGGAGAUUUAAAUGUCCAACACCAACUGUUAGUCCAACGAACCAAUGUCUUAACCCACUGUGUCUGAGUAGCAAUGAGCUUUUCACGGCUCUUGGGAUCGCCGUUGGAGAUGACUUGCUGGAGGAGGAUUUCGGUAAACUGUCGACCAUGCUACUGUUUCACGUCCUGACGAUACAGGACCACUGCUAUCAGAAUGUGUCAGUAGCUGGUGAUUCUCACAACUAUAGGACAAAGCUCAAGCUUCUCCUUGACACGGACUCUGACGACAGCAUAAACUUCGACGAACUGUCUUCCGCGUUAAUAGAUUUGGACGACACAUACGAUGAUGAUGAACACGAUGACGAUGAUCACGAUGACGACGAUGAUCAUAGUGAUGAUGAUCAUGACGACGAUCACGAUGACGAUCACACUGACGAUCACGAUGACGACCACGAUGAUGACCACGAUGAUGACCACGAUGACGAUCACAAUGAUGACCAUGAUGGUGACCACGAUGAUGAUCAUGAUGAUGAUCACGAUGAUGAUCACGAUGACGAUCACGAUGACGAUCAUGAUGAUGACCACGAUGACCACGACGACGAUGAUAACGAAAUCAAAGCAAAGGCAACAAAAGAUAAGUGUCUCAGUGCCGGUCAAUUAUUUGACGAGCUUGACCUUAGUAUUUCUGUGGGGUUAGAUUCAGACCUGAUGGACGACAUGUCUGCUCUGCUGAUAUACCAUUUCCUGUCCCAUGACAAACUAAAUCUAAUAGGAUGCAGGGAAUUACCGAGACCAGGUUUCUUAAGGGAAAAGUUUGAAGAUUUCGUCGACGUGUCUGACACGGAUACCUUCAAACUCACUGCUCUGAGGAGAGUAAUGAAAAAGCUAGAUCUGGAGUCUGGUUCUGUAAAGGAGAUGGAACAUCCCAUUGACGACGGACACGAUCAUAGACGCCGGAAGCGGUCGGCUUCCACACCAACAGAUAUGCAAGCUUUUGAGACCCCCCGCUGUUACAGUGCUGACGACAUACUAGCCAUGCAUGGAGCAACCAAUGGUAGUGCAGUAACCAAGGAAACCCUAUAUGACCUUUGCCCCUCUUUACUCUACAUGAAGAUGUAUGACGCAUGUGUUCCCGUCCCUGCCAACAAAUCUGUGACGGUUUCCAAAUUGUCACAAGCGGAAAUGUACGGCUACAGUACCCUGGCUGUCCUCAUCAUCUGUCUGUCUUCCCUGGGUGGGAUAUUCCUUCUCGGGUGUACACAAGACUCCCUUAUUUACAAUGGUGUCAUGGCUAUGUUCAUCGGCCUUGCUGUUGGAACCCUACUGAGUGACGCACUCCUCCAUCUUCUGCCUGCGGCGUUUGGAAUACACAUAGAUAGUCCGGAAGAUGACCAUGACCAUGGCCACGAUGAGGGAAUUUUCGUGGAGCCGUAUGUGUGGUUUGCUCUGGCGGCCAUCGCAGGACUCUACGCCUUUUAUUUGCUGGAGUUGAUUAUGUCAUUGAUCAGAGGAGAUUCUAAUCACGACCGCGGUCACUCUCACAUGUAUCCUGAUAUGGAGAUGGGACAGAAGAAGAUAAACAACGGAUAUGAUUCUUCGUCAAAAUCCGCUUUGUACACUGUUGGGGAUAGCACUGCUACUUUACAACAAGAAGAGGUCAUAGAAAAGAAAGGAUGGUCAACCGUUGUCAUCAUGGUGCUAUUGGGUGACUCGAUCCACAACUUUGCCGAUGGCCUUGCCAUAGGGGCAGCCUUCACGCAAUCCGGACCUGUGGGCGUGGCUACCUCUAUUGCCGUCUUCUGCCACGAGCUACCACACGAAUUAGGUGACUUGGCCAUUUUGUUGAAUGGGGGCGUGUCUAAGACCAAAGCGCUUUGCCUGAACUUCCUGUCUGCCCUCACAGCGUUUGUUGGUCUAUACGUGGGUGUGUCUAUCGCCACAGAGAACGUUGUCAGACAGUGGAUAUUUGCUGUCACAGCUGGCCUCUUCCUUUACAUCUCCCUUGUAAACAUGAUUCCGGAAAUGAUUUCCGGAGCCGUUAAAUCCAAGUCGAAGGUGAUAUUCAUCGCCCUGACCAACUGUGGCUUUUUGAUCGGACUUGUCAUCCUUUUGCUUCUGUCUAUCUUCGAACACCAGAUAACCAUCCAAUAAAAUGCAUUACAGCUCGUUUGGACUAAAUACGGUACGCAAAACAAAAUAAAAAUAAAAAAGUAUUAGUCAGAAAAUUUACAAUGCUAAUAGCGACCGUGUGCCAAUAGCUAUUGCUUGUGUUACUUCUACGUUUUGUGGACUGUGAACAAACUUUGAUUUAAAUAAUGAACAGUGUAACUAUUUUUAUUUGACCAAUUAUUAAGUACAAUCACGGGUAAGCAAAAGGGAGAUAAGAUUUAAAAUCAAUCGAUAUACGUCAAUUGUACACUCGAGUUUUUGGUCUAUAGAAUGUUCAUAUUGAGGGUCUAGAUGGCUGUUGGUAUUUAACAAUUAAGACCACGAGGUCCACGUUGAGGAACUUUUGUAAGACGAAAUAGAUGCUUGACCUCCCAAUGUACAGGUAUAAGUUACAAAAGUUAAAACUGACACCUGAUUGAAACAAAUAACCCAAAACAUUUUUUGAUUGAUUAUAUUUACCUGUGUAUAUAAUAUAGAGAUGUCAUUGGAUAAAGAAUACCACUUUCCCAUACAGAGAGUGGUUGUGGUAAAUUAUCCCUAUACACUGCGUGUAAGCCAUGCUGGUGUAUUUAAGGAAUUGGCAAUGGAGGAUUGACACGUACACCAGGACCCGGUUAAAUCAAUAGUUCUUUACUUAAAAAAAUUCCUUCGCUUAUUUUUUCCAAAAGAAAAAUCAUAACAGAAUUUAAGGAAACCAGUCUAAGCUAGGGAAACUUCAAUCUAUAAUGCGUUCUCAUGGAAAAUUUUGAGUUAAGGAAUAUUGAUGAAACUGGCCCCUGGUUUGUUUCCAUUUGUAAAAGGUGUUAUAAAUUGUAUUUUUUAUGAUUAUAUAUCGCUAACACAGACGCAAUUAAUGUUAGACCACCAUAUUUUAUCAUACAUUGCUGGCCUUUCCAUUGCUUCUAGUUCUAAUUUUUCCUACAUAAAGUGUGGCUAAGUGAAAUAAAACCCUGAUACACAUUACUAUUCCUACAUCCAUAGUCAUAUUUAAAUUAAAUGUUGUUUAUUUCAAAAAUAAAUGGGACACAAUGCUCACAAAGUGGAGCUGGACUUCUACAACCUGUUUAAUCAAUAUGAUACAUCAGGCUGUAUAAGACAAAACAAAAAAUGUUCUGACGAGUGCUUCAGUCACAAAUAGCCUACCAAUCACCGCCCGGAUUGUAAAAAUACAGGCCUUCAUUGCCACUAACCGCUCACGAAUACGAUAUCAUACAUAGUAUAGUAUAGUAUAUGCGGAAAUAUUUUUAUACAAAGCUUAAUACACAUGUUAUAUUUGUAAUGUGUUACUAUAUAUAAUUUGUUUGUUAUGAGGUGAAUGUUUCAUUCCUUAAUGAUAUGUUGGUAUUAUUUUAACUUGAAUAACAAAGAUCACAAAUAAUAUAACUUUAAUUUAUAUUUUGACGUUCGUCAACAUUAUUUAGGAAUGUACACAAGAUAAGGGGCUUCUUGCAGUAGUGUUCAGGUAAAUCAGAGAGAUACAACAGGGGGCGCUGUUAGAAGUUCUAAUGCCGAUCUGUCAUAUCUGUAAGAAAUCCAUUUCCAACGAGAAAGAAUGUGCAAUACUCGCCUGGUACAUGUCGAUGGUAGCGUUAUGUAUACGUUGGACAUGACCUUGCGAUUUAGUUGAUAUCCUGUGUACAAAAUCGUACGGAAGAUUUCUAUAUCAACAUCAUUAACUUCUAGAGAAACCAUUACCAAGUUAAUGUUGCUGGUAUAAGCGAAGGGAGAGAUGAGGUAUGGUUAUACAUUACAUGGUUUCGCAUGUACGUACAGUAGAACCUGUCUAAUGCGACCUAAAUGUACCCGGUAUCAUCCAAACCUUUUUUGCAGGAAGAUCUGUGAACAGCUUUAAAUCGGGGAUGGUGUAUUGACACUAAUUAUAUUUUCAUAUUUCAUGAUUUUAUAUAAAUUGUACACUGGGCCUGUAUAGAUCUUUAUAUUCUCCGUUUCGGUCAGAGUGUGGUACAAUUUUGAAGGGUUUCCCUUGUAUAUGCUUCCAUCAGUGACAUUUAAAAUUGUGUUCAUUCAUGCAUAUUGCUAUGAUUACAUUGUUUGUAUGAUUGAUUAGUCGCUGUGUUCUAUUUUCUGUCAAAAUCAUUGUUAAAGUUUGACCAAUACAUGUGAAGCUGGUCUUCUGUAGGGAAAAUACAUUAUAUGUCUUGGGGUCACAAAACCCUUUUUAUAACAUGAGGAAUAUUUACAUUUUUUUAUUUUUUUAAUGCAUGAAUCAAAAUGUUUAUAAUAGCUAUAUUUUAAAGCUUUGCGUAGUGAAAAUUACAAAUAAUUUAAUUUUUAAUUUUGAUUUUAAAGAUUUUUACAAUCAAAUAUAGAUGUUUGAAGCUACGUUGGCAUAAUUAACUCUGAUAAGCUUUGUAUUUCAGUAUUGAUUAUAGGAAUACAAAUACUUGUGAUACAUCAUCAUGUAUAUUAGACUAAUAAAGAUUACAAAGUGUAUACAAUA